AUGAACGCACCCGGUGGCCAGAGGGAUCUACUUUCAAGACAUCAGCGAAUAUCUCAUGCCGACGGAAUCAUUGCAAGCCCAGAUGACCUGUCUGCUUCGUUAGGGGAAACGACAAUCGCCGAAGGGCCAUUGUCAACUGCGGCGACUGGUGCUGAGGUUCCCUCACCGCCGUCUUUGUCGGGAGCACUAACAUUACCUCAUCAACAUGGAUAUGAUGCCAGACCGCAGCUGUUGGGAAAUGAAGCUGCUCUCUUCCAGCCCGUCAGCAGCCUAGCAUUACAUAAUGCAGCCGCAGGAUUUUCCGACCUAUGCUAUCAAGACUCGCUGUCACAAGACCUCCUAGCAGGAAUGGAUGGCAUUGAUUUCGACUUCUUGUUGGACGACACUCAGUUGUCAAACUCUUUUCUACUCGCCAGCCCUGUCAAUGCUGGCUCCCCAAUCAUGGCGAUACCGCCGACGGAUCAGGUCGAGGCUCCGUCCUCCAUUCAGCCUGAGCAUGGAAGGUCAUUUGCUGCGCAAAGUACAUGCAUCACACCACAAGACCGUUCGCCUAGUAAAGAACAAUUAGAAACAGAAGCAACUUCAUCGUUGCCGAAGUUUGCGGCACGACUACCUUCAAUGGAACCCGAGAGACCAGAACAGACACCAUUGCAUAUUAAUCUAGCACAUCAGGCUCAGAGGCCCCGACAGGUUCACUGUCUCCGGCCCUGGAAGAUUGAGGCUGAUGAAUACAGCAAGAUUCUCGACGAAGCCCAGCAGCUUCGUUCUGAGCUGCCCAGCUCUUUCAAGCUGCCAUCACAUCGUGCCCUCUCAAGAUUUUUGGAAGGGUACUUUCGUGGCUUCGCCGUCCAUCUGCCGUUCAUUCACGGCGUUACAUUUUCUGCCCCAGCUAUCGGUCUUGAGCUUCUCCUGUCGCUCGCCGCAGUCGGUGCUCUCUAUCGGUUCGAAACGGCCUCGGGCUAUCAGAUUUAUGCUGCUGCUCGGCACCUGAUCUCUUGGCAUUUAAAGCAAAGGACUCAGCCUACACUAGACCGACUGACCCAUGAUGACCGCGUCACCAUAGAUGAUGAUCCAAGCGCCCCUGCGACACCGACAAGCGCUAGUCCACGCACGAGAGAGUCAGAGUUACAUGCUCAAGACAAAACCAUCCGGUUGCUGCAAGCUAUGAUAAUACUCAUGGCGAUGGCAUCAUGGGGCGAUCGAGAGUUGACAAGUGACGCCCUAAGCAUGUCAAGUCAAGUCGCCAUGCUCGCCCGCGAGAUGAAGAUUCACGAGUUGGAGAAACCCCCGCCAGUCAAUCAGCAAUGGGCCGAAGGUAUCAAACUUGAGGAACGCCGCCGCACGCUAUUUGCCGCCUUCGCCCUCUUAAACUUACAAUCCGUUGCAUUUGACGUGCCACCACUCCUCCUAAAUCGAGAGGUCGCCAUCAACCUACCUGGGUGCGCGUCAAGCUGGCAAGCGCCUAACGCGGAAGAGUGGUCAGCCCUGAGGGACACGUAUAUGCCGCCGAGACCUUUCCCAGAGAAGAUGCAUAUGCUGUUAGCAGGACGGAGCAUCCAUACAGUGACAGCACUUUCUUCUUUCGGGAACUACGUGCUCAUUAAUGGACUGCUCCAACAGAUUCUACUGACCCGCAACGCCUGUGAGCAUCUUCCGAUUGUUGGUGGUGAUAGUUCGCUGGGUGGGGACUUCAUCAACAAGAUGGAGGCCGCGCUUCGUGCUUGGCAACAAUCAUGGGAAGCGACGUACGAAUCAACGACGGACCCUUCGUCUCCCAAGGGACCGUUGGGUUUCAACUCCACUGCCCUCCUACGCUUGGCUUACAUCCGCCUUAACGUUGGCCACAAUCUUGACCAACGGCUUCUUGCCCGAGACGAUGCACCAGGGAUAGCCGCGGCAUUAUCUAGCCAAAUCAUUACUGCCGGUGAUAGGUCACCGCAUAUGAACCAGGCCGUUCUACAAUGUAUAUACGCCCUCAGUAUUCCAGUAAGGGUUGGCGUUGCGUUUGUUGCGCGUACCCAGACCCUGAAUUGGAGCAUCCAACAUGCUCUCGCUAACCUGGAGUGCGCCUUUUUGCUCACAAAGUGGUUGAAAAUCUUGUCCGAGGUUGUUCAAGAGUCUGGCUCAGAUUCCCUUCAGCCGGACGAGCGUAGAUUGAUCCAAUUGGUCAUCGGUCUUGUGCAAGAGACGGAACUUGGUGACCAGCUGGACAAGAACGAGCGUCUUGCUGUCCAAAUCAACAGCUUGUCUAGUCUGACCUUGACGCUGUGGAGCAAGACAUUUAACGGCUCCCAUGUAUUUGAUGUUGUUCGGGUUAUUGGUGACGGCUUAUCGAUCUUAGCCCAUGCGUCAAAGAAAGGAGACGUUGUCCGAGCGGUGCCAUGUGCGCAAAUUCGAGACGAUUCCAGGCCAAGGAGUUGA